UAUGGGUGAGAUAGUGCCAAAUUAAUUGUUUGUUGCUGGUUAUAGCCGCAAUAAAAUAUCUGAUGAGAAAGGUAUCAAGGACAUAUUCAAAAAAUAUGGCAAUAUUAAGGAUGUUGCCUAUAAGGGAUCUUAUUCUUUUGUUGUAUAAUAUAUUCCUCUAUUUAAAUAGACAUUUUCAUCAGAAUCAGAAGCUGAAGAUGCUCUCAAAGCACUUAAUGGAUAAUCAAUAAAUGGAUAGAAAUUAAAAGUUGAUGUUGUCGAUAAUCGUAAGACACGUAGAAAUGGACCUUAAGAAAAUGAUUAAUGCUUCAAAUGUGGAAAAGGAGGUCAUUGGUAAUGUUAAAUAAUUUAAAGAGUUUAGGGCUAGAGAGUGUCCAAACAGAUCAUCACCAAGAAGAAGAAGAUAUUCUGAUUCAAGAUCACGGUAUUUAAUUGAUUUAUUAUUUGGGCAGACAUAGAAGAUCAAGAAGAUCAAAUUCAAGGUCUCGUUCUUAUUCUUCUUAUUCAUCUUCUCACUCUAGGAGAAGGAGAGACUCUAAGAAGCGUAAUAGAUACAGUAGAAGAAGCAGAAGUCCAAGAAGAGAUAAUAAGAGAAAGAAAAGUUCCAGCUAAAAGAGAUCUAAUACAAAUUCAAGGUCCAGAUCAUCAGUUAGCAAUAAAUAGAGAUAGUCACACAAGUCAUCUUCUUCUAAAUGAGAAAGGAUCAAAUAAAGAAAAAGAAAUUAGAAAUUAAAUCAAUCGUCUUCUUCCAUUUUUUAUUCCCUUUCCUAUUAUUUCUGAACUGCUUUUGCUCAUAUAUAGGAAAACAUUUAAUAUGUCAAAUUCUUAAGCAAUCGAAAAACUAAAUAAAUUUUGUAUAUAAAUAUAUUUUUUAAGACAUUUUUACUAUUAUUAAUUCAUAGAAAAAAUGAAUGAAAGAUUUGAGUAAAAUCUAUAGGAGAUUCUUUCUAGAGAAUGUCAAACUGUAUAUAAGAACUUACUUCUAAAAGGAUAAAUUGAGUUAAUAAAAUAACAAAUUAGAGAUUAGAAAUAAAUCAAACAAUAAUAAGAUUAAGAAUUAAGAGAAAUAGAAAAGAUAUAAGUUAUGCAAAAUUUAAAAUAAGAAUAAUAAAAGUAGAUUGAAGAAAAAGAGAUCUAAUUGAUUAAAUAAAAGAAGGAACUUCAUCUUAGAUUAGAUGCAUGUGAAGACUUAUAAUUUGAAAUAGAACAAUAAUAUGAACAUCUUCUAAUAUAAUAAGAAAAUUAAAAGAUUUUAGAUGAAUCAAUUAAAAGAUUAAUGGAUUGUAUUUAAAGGAUUAAAAAACCAAUAAAAAAUUAGAUAUUUCAUAAUAGAGUUGCUACUUCUCAUUCAUUCGAUGAUCGUAAUAAUGGUUUUGGAAUAAUGGGUAUGCUUAAGUCUAAAAAUAAUGUUGAUGAUUAUAUAUAGAAAGUAGAAAAAAUUAACACUUCUAGACUAUUUAACAAUUGA